AUGGGGAGUUCAUCAUCAUCUCCUAAAUCUAAAAAAGUUAUCAAAAAUAAGGUGAAAUUUGUAACCAAAGCACAGCAUGGUAGAAAUAAGCAGAUACUAAAUAAGACAAAUGCAAGGGCACAAAAUGGCGGGAUCAGGAAAACAAAGGACGAUAAACCAAAACCAAAAGAAGGUAUCAUAAAGAAGCAUGUGGGUACUUCUAAACCAAACACAACAAAGGCACCGAAUGAAUUAUUGGUGAAGUCUUAUUGGGAUCUGGUGAAAUAUCUAACAGAUGACGAUACUUGGGAGGAUCUGUGGAAAAUUCGCUCUAUUUACAAAUGGAUCACUUCAUACAAUAUAAAAAGUUUACCCAUUGACUUCAACCCACCACCUAACUCACCAUUGGAAUAUUUCUCUAAAAUACAGUGUGACAUGGGAAACUAUGCCAACCUUUUCUAUGUUUUAUGCCAGUUGGCCGACGUGCCAUGCGUAAUCAUUGACGGUAUUGCAAAAAGCUCAGCGUUUAAAAUUGGUGAAAAAAUCAACAAAAGAAGAACAAAAGCACAAUGGAAUGCAGUUUUGAUUGAUGGUGAAUGGCGGCUGGUAGAUUUGUUUUGGGCGUCUACUUGUGUUGAAUUAAACUCAGAUGCCGAUGACUGUUAUUUCUUGACUGAUCCACGUGACCUACUUUGGACACAUUUACCAGACGACGAAGACUGGCAACUUGUCGAAAAACAACUACCGUUUCUUGAAUUUGAGAAGAGAGUAUAUGUGAGAGAAAGACUGUAUGAACUAGAGAUAGAUAUCAAUAUUCCUGUAUAUGGACAAUUCAGAUUAGAUCUUUUUGCUAAAAAUCCUUUGUUUCGAGCAGUGAGAGAAUUCGACCUAAUAUGUUCUUAUAUAAUAUACAGUCCAAUGCCACCAAGAAUAGAGAUACCGCUUCCGGAUAAUCCGGAACUUGGAUGGGGUCAGAACAAACAAUCAGACAAGGUUGGUUUAAAACCAAUUAGCCACAAAAUGUCUAAAAUUAGUACAGACACUGGACAAUUGGAGCUAAAAUUCCAGGGUCAAAAGAAUUUAAACUUAAAUGUGAGGUUAAAACACAGAGUAUUGGAUGAAGGGACAUUGUCUCAAUAUUCAACACUACGGUGGCAUGACGGAGAGUACAUUUUGAAUUUGAGGUUACCUAAAGAUGGUUAUUACGCAAUGAAACUGUACGGGAAGACAACCGAACCAGGAAAUGGUCCUCAGAAAACAAGUGCCAUUGAAAAAGUAAUUGUUGAUGACGAGGUUUUGUUCAAAGUCAAAUUACCAGAUAUCAAUUACUGUGCGGUGAACAUAUUUCAGAGAAAUGAUGGAAAUCUGAUCAAAACAAUCAACAAGUAUUUCAUAACAACCGCCACAGAUGAAAGUUCUAAUGAGGAUGUGAUGGAGGAGGACUUUCCUCUAUACUCUAAAACACCAGAUCUAGACCAAGAUGAUAUAACAGAAAAACGAAAAGAGUAUAUGAGAAAGAAAAUGAGGGAGGCAGAAUACUAUAAAGACCCGGAUGUUCUGAACAAUUUAAUAUACAAAUACGAAGAUCAGAGCCAAGAUAUCGACGACGCUAUGUUAAUAAAUGUCAAACGAAUGGCUAAGAAACUUGAAGCAAGGCAAGUACUUCUUGAUGCCUAUGAAUCUAGAAACAUACAAGAUGUAGAGAGAGGGAUUGCAUUGGCUCAGAUAGCUGACGUUGAUGGGUCACUUCAGUUUGAAGUCAUGCAUGCAAAGCGAUUAUUAAACAGACUUAAGAUGAUACAUAGAAUUAGAGAGACUAUCAUGGAAGCUGACGGCAAGGCUAUAGGGGAAGGUAGAAAGUACGCUAACCCACCUAAACCUGUAAAACACUCUUUAAUGGCAACACUGGUCUUACUUGGGUUCCCGUCAUUUGUUGUAGAGGAUUGGUCGACUACUCAAGGUAUUUUAUGGAAAAUGGACAAUGACUCUAUCCAAAAUAAGAUGGCAAGAUUUGAUCCUACAAUGUGUCGACUUGAAUUCGCCCUUGAUGCCAAGCAAUUUAUCGACCAGUACUCCUUGGACUACAUCAAGACUGUUAGUCCACUUGGAACAGCUUUUUACGUCUGGACAACACAAAUGAUUAGAGAAAUUGAGUCAAUGGCUGGAACACUAGGUGGUUAUAGUGACGUUUACCAUGACAACGACGUACAAUCACAAAGUUAUAGCGACAAAGAAAACUCGAACAGGGAACCAGUGACUACAGGAAUAGAUACCCCUUUGGACAGUCAGGAAAUGCCCCCUGUUAAUAAUCCACCAACGGAUAGUUCACGUCGCAUUAAUAACAAUAAUGGAAAUAGGAAACAGUCAGAAACUAAUGCAGGACUUACUUUUGUACGGGUUACACCUACUGGAGAAACCUAAAAUUAAAUUUAUCCUUUAAGAUUAUAUCCCUUAUAAGGAAUUAUUUGACUUUAUGUACAACCACAUUAAAAGUUAGGAUCAGUUAGUGUAGAGCUAUUGUCAGAUGUAUGUAGAUGUUCCGGACCAUAUGAGUAUUUGUACCAUACGCGUAUGGUCAUGACCAUAUGGUUAUUAACAGACCGAACCAUAUGAUUAUUUAGACCAUAUAGGUAUUUUAUCAUUUAUCUUUGUCGUUUUUCGUCCACAAGUGAAAGCACAGGUUUUUUUUGGCAUGGACCUGUUUUCUUAGUGCUUAAAUUAUUAUUGCUGAAACAAAAUUUCUUAUAAUCUCAGCUUAUUUUCAUUUAAUUAUUGUGUUCUUUCUCCUAUUCAUACGAUUUAUCUGUUAUUAUAAGCUCGUAUGAAUAUCAGCAAGAACACAUUACGGUGCAUUACGUUUGCGCGCAUUACCAUUACAUUUGCGCGCAAAAAUCAUUACGUUUGCGCGCAUUUAUUUGUCAGGUAAACCCAGGUAAACUCAGGUAAAUAUAGGUAAUAAUUCUAAUUUAUUUAUUAAUUUAUUCAUUUAUUUACAAGUAAAAGUACCUCUCCCGUUAGUCUUAAGUCCUCUGCUCACCAACGAUAACUAAAUCAAUUUGAAAUAUUUGAGGAAUUAUUAUUUAAUAAAGACACUAAUUUAAAAAAACGGAAAAGAGAGAGGGUUCAAUGACAAAGUUUCUGUGAGUUAAACAAAAUAUUUGACUUCUUGUUUAACAGUUCAUUCAGAUAUUUCUUAGAGUACGUAUUGCGUAUCGUACAAAUGCAAGAUAAAAUCAAUAAUGACCAUUUAGAAAUGAUUUUACUAUAAUUCUUACAUGUAUUUAAAAUUCAUUUUAAUUCGUUAAUCAUGUAAGAAUGAUUACAAUAUGAUUGAAUGAGUAAAAUAUUCAUUUUAGAAGCUCUUAAAUUAAUGGGACAACGUUCAUCGUGUUAAUUAUCUGGACCAUACGCGUAUGGUCCAAAUACUCAUAUGGCCCGGAACAUAAAUAUCAGUGGUCAUGUUAAAGUAAUGUACGGUAUCUUUUACCAGAUUUGCAGAAUAAGUUAUCAGAUGAGAGAAAAAUGAAAGAACUUUAAUAUGAAUCCAUUUAUGUUGAUAUUAUUGGAUUAUGAUCUAUGCGAACAGUUAAUUUUGUUUCAUUCCUGUUGCAGUUUUUCUUGUUCAUUGGUAGUUUUGUGCAUCUUAAAACGAUAGACUUUAAGUUACAGUUAUCCUUUGCCAGUGUAACGUGUACACAAGGUAAGCGUGUCUAUUUCUAUUCUAGAAUGAGUUCGUUACCAGUUUGA